UACCACUAAAGAAAAGAUGAUUACUUUCCGCAGUCAAGGGGAACCCAUUCCCUCGUCCUCCGCCCUCGGCGCACAAUACAACAAAAGUAGAUCACAUCUCCAGCAGCCUCACCACAAAGCUCCCAUCCGUUGUUACUCUCCCCGCCGCUAAUAGCACACCACUCCCCACAAAACACAAAAACGCACCAUAUUCUCCAACUCAAAAACUGUUCGCUAUCCCCUUCCAUUCCCUCUCUUUUGUAGAUAGAAUAGAAGAAGAAAACUACUACAUCUAUCCAUUCAUCAUCCCAUCCUACCGCUCUACCCAUUCUUCAUAUACUGACCAGUGGCCUCUAUGUUCUUCCAGUAGCCUCAUCAUCAUAUUUUUAGUAGUCUUUAAUAGUGGUAUUGCACUGUCCUCCUACUAGGACUUAGGGGGGAGUUUUAGGACCCCAACAAUUCCAGCCAAAAAGCCCCCAAAAACAACAACAACUAAACGCCACUUCGCAAACUCAAACCCAAAGGUGGUGCAACUUAUCAUCAUCAGCAGCAGCUCUAAGUUCUAGCUAACUAAGGGAACCAAAAGCCAAAAGUAGUAUCCUCCAUGGAUCCCACUCCCCUCAAAAAGCACCCGACAAAAUCCACCACCGCCGCCGCCUCAAAAAUGCCUCCUCCGGAUCCCAUUCUUGCUGCCCCCCCUUCCUCCACCGCCACCACCAUCCAAAACAUAUCCAGCCACUUCGCCAAGUUGUAUGCGAAUCACAAGUUUCUUGCUGCUUCCUUAAAAGCCUCCUCACAUCCACACGCUCAUUCUCAUCAAGAAGAAGAAAAGGGUCUCAAAGAUGAUUCCUCUGCUUUAGACAACUCCUGCGUAGCUUUGACCAAGUCAAGUAGCCAGCACGGAAGAAUUCAUCGUGGAGCUGCACCGGCAGAUUUGGCCUCGGCAAAUGAAGAAAGCUACCGCACGAAAACCAAGGUUAAAGAAAAGGACGACAGGAAGUAUUCUCUGGUUAAUGUCAAGAAGAAAAAGCCCCUGCCUGAUGCUCCUCCAGCUCAGAAGGCUUUAUUAGACGGGCAUAAAUCUAAUCUUAGAAUCAAGAAAUCAUCGUCAGGAGCAAGAGGAGGAGCAGCCCAGAAAAAGGAGGAGGAGUUCUAUGACGGGAGGAGAGGCGUGAAGAAAGCGUAUGGCUUGAUGUCGAGGAGUCUUGAAUUGGAGAAACCUAAUCAAGCCACGCCGUCGUGUGAAAUGAAUAGACCAUGUAUUUCGCUUGCGGUGAAUGGCAGAAGGACGUCAUUUUGCUGCUCGCGAGCUGAGUUGGCUGACUUCUUUUGUUGCGCCGGCGUCAAGGUUGUGGCUGUUGACAUGCCGCCCUUUAUGCAGAUUCACGCUGUCGAUUGUGCUAGAAAAGCUCGUGAUAGCUUGGAAAAAUUCACUUCCAAGACUCUUGCUUUUACCCUCAAAAAGGAAUUUGAUGGGGUUUAUGGACCAGCCUGGCACUGCAUCGUAGGGACCAGUUUUGGUUCCUUCGUGACACACUCAGUAGGUGGCUUCAUGUACUUCUCAAUGGAUCAGAAACUAUACAUCCUCUUGUUCAAAACAACUGUACAGAGGGCUGAUUGAAUGAUUUGGAGGUUGAAAACUAUUCUUACUAUUAUAGGGGAAAUUAGGCACUCACAAAGGCAGGCCUUUUUCUCCCCCUUCCAACUUUGUACAAUGCCAGCAGCCUUUUUCUCCCAUGGAUAUUUCUCUCGUACUAGUUACCUUGUCGGUAGGCUCUUUUUUGAAGUAGUUACAGCACAAAAAAGAAAUACUUUCGACUCCACUAAACUUGUGGGGGGGUUUUUGUUUAGAUGUUAGUACAUUGCCUAGUAGUAUCUCAAGAAAACUUGUUAAGAUAGCCCAACAAUCAACAUAUAUAUAUAUAUAUAUAUAUACCUACCUCCUCUACUAUGCUUCUAUGUCGGUUUCGGUGAAACUGUUGAAGGUAGUGCUGAUUUUUGUGGAUAGCAUAUGGUGAUAUAAGUAAGUUCGAAGUGUAGGAUGAUGAUAUAUGAGGCUGCAUUUCUUGUUCUUGGUUCCAUGCCGGGUUGGCAACUUAGCAUCCCACCAUCAAAAAGAAUGAAUGAAGGGCUUGGAACAAACAAUUCUUGUAAGGUCAGCUAGGGUCCUCCCCUAUUCCCCUGCCUGCCCUGGUCUUUGGAGAUCAAUGAGUGGUGCUUUUCAUUUCUUAGUCUAAACAAUCAUUGCUUUAAGCAAAAAAUUUGACAUUAUUUUAGAGUUGAGAUAAAACGUACCAGUAGUACCUUCUGUUUUGCCGCAAACCAAACCACACCCCACCUUACCUUAAACAGCCCCAGUCCCACGAACCAAAAAAAAUCUCUCAUUGCUGAUCAUUUCUUUUCCAUAGAUUUAUUUUUGGAAAGGGAGUUGUUAUGUAUCCUUCCUGGGUUAAUCUCUUGCUAGUUGUUACCUCAUUUCAUCUAUGGUUCCCUGUUGGAAUGGCCCAA